GCGAUAUUGAAAAAAUGUAUCGUCAAAUUUUAGUUCACAAAGAAGAUGCACAAUUUCAACGAAUACUCUUUCGUAAAAAUCCAACCGAUCCCAUUCAAGAUUUUGCACUUAAAACGGUAACAUUCGGCAUAAAUUGCGCUCCGUAUCUAGCGAUUAGAACUUUAGUUCAGCUGGCUAAAGAAUCUCAAGAAAAAUUUCCACAAGCGGCUUAUAUUCUAAAGCACGAAAUAUAUGUUGAUGAUAUAUUAUCAGGUUCUCAUGAUAUAAAAUCGGCAAUCGACUCCUUAAAGCAAGUAAUUUAUGUACUAGAAUCUGCAGGAUUCCCACUAAAAAAGAUCACUUCCAAUUGUUCUGAAAUCUUAGCAUCUGUCCCUAAAAAUAACCUUCUCGACUCAGAUUUUCUUAAAUUUAAAGAAACAAGUACGACAAAGACUCUUGGCAUUCAAUGGAAUGCCCUGUCUGAUUCAUUUUCUUAUACUAUUGAUCCCAUUUGUCCCAGUAAUACCGUAACGAAAAGGCAAAUUCUUUCUAGCGUCGCCAAGCUUUUCGAUCCAGCCGGUUGGAUUUCCCCUAUUAUUAUACAAGCGAAAAUGAUUCUUCAACAACUCUGGUUAGAUGGUACUGGAUGGGAUGAUAAAGUUAAACCCUGCACCCUAGACUUAUGGAACGAAUUUGUUACAAAUCUGCCUCUAAUUUCAAACAUUAAAAUACCCCGAUGGAUAGAGUUUGCGCCCUCUAGAAUGACCCAGAUUCAUGGCUUUUGCGACGCUUCAGAAAAAGCUUAUUGUGCUGCGGUAUAUGUUCGAAUGCAAACAGAUUCCAUGAUUGAAUCCCAUUUAUUAGUUUCGAAAACGAAAGUAGCUCCCAUUGACCCUGUUAGUCUGCCCCGAUUAGAACUUUGCGGUGCUGUUUUAUUAUCAAAAUUAAUCAAACAACUGACUAUUACACUACCUUGCCAUAAUUAUACUCUCUAUCUUUGGACCGAUUCCACUAUCGUCUUAGGAUGGUUAGAAAAACCUCCCAAUACAUGGAAAACUUAUGUGGCCAAUCGAACAGCUCAAAUAAUUCGGAAUGUUGGUAAUAUUCCAUGGCGUCAUGUAAGAUCUGCUGAUAAUCCAGCAGAUUUAGGAUCUCGCGGUUGUAACCCCAUGCAACUCACAAAUAACUCUUUGUGGUGGAACGGACCAAUUUGGCUUCGAAAAUCCCCCGAAGAAUGGCCAAAGCCCAUAAUAAUAGAAAAUCCACCCGAAGCUAAAAAUAAAAUUAAAAUAUUUCAUUUAUACACUAAUAUUAAUGAUGAGAAUGAGGAAAUCGGCGAGGACAUUUUAGAUAGAUAUUCGAAAUGGGACAAAGCUAUUAGAAUAAUGACUUACGUAUUUCGAUUUCUCAAUUCCAUUAAAGAAAGACUUCUAAAUUCUUCCAAAGGACGAUUGUUACUUGCAUCUCAGUUGCACGAUAUAUCCCCUGCCGAGGCGGUAAUAAUAAUGAUAGGAAAAAUCGCAUAUAUUAGUUCCCAAGAAUUUACAAACACUAAAAACAAAUUAGUUAGACUAACUCAGUUAAGACACUAUAAUCAAGAAUAUGAGUGUUUAAUCAAACACGAAAAUGUUAAUAAAAAAAGUUCUUUAUAUCCCUUAAAUCCAUACAUAGAUGAUAAUGGUGUCAUUAGAACAAACGGCAGAAUAUCAAACUCAGCGUUACCUUUCAAU